GCUUGUUUAACAUGGAAUUUUCAUUUUCAUUUUCAUUUCAAUAGAUAAGGUUUCUGCCAUAAAAUUGAAUUUCUAUCUACUUAUUUUCAUUUCUCAUCCAAACCUUCCUCCAUUUGAUGUGUAGUAUAGAAAAGGUUUCAUCCACCUCGUUUAUCAAUUGAAAAACACCCUCACACUACAAGUUACGCCCAUGGGCUCUAAUUGGGUUCUUUUCCUUAUUCUUACGCUGAUACUUGCAGAAGGAGAUGGAGCUAAUGUCAUAAGACUCAAUACCAUGGAAAAUAAUGAUCAUGAUCUCAAUCAUCAUCAUCAUGAUCAUAUGCAUCAACAUGAUCAUGGCCAUAAUCCAUCUUCCUCAGAUAAAAAAGACCCUCAACUUAUGGUUUUCUACAUGUUACAAGAUCUAAAAGUAGGUGAACUUAUGUCAAUCCACUUCCCAAAUAGACACCUUUCCUCAUCCCAAAUAUUGUCCAAACAAGAAGCAAAUAAUAUCCCUUUUUCGUUUGCCGAAUUCCCAAACCUCCUUCGGUUAUUCGGUUUUUCACAAGGCUCGCCACAAGCCAUAGCCAUGGAAAGCACACUCAAAGAAUGUGAAGUCAAGCCCAUUAAGGGUGAGACCAAAUUUUGUGCAACUUCAAUGGAAUCCGUGCACGAUUUUGCACAAAACAUUUUUGGACAAAAUACUCAAUUCAAAACUUUGACCACACACCACUUCAAAAAUCCGCCAAGUGGACUUUUACAAAAAUACAAAGUUAUUGAAAUCUCACAAAACAUACCUUCACCAAAAUUAGUAGCUUGUCACACCAUGCCAUACCCAUAUGCGGUGUUCUAUUGCCAUAGCCAAGAAAGCGAAAACAAAGUGCUAAUGGUGUCUUUAGAAGGCGAAGAUGGUGAUUUGGUCGAAGCAUUGAGUGUUUGUCACAUGGAUACGUCUCAUUGGAGCCCGAACCAUGUCUCGUUUGGUGUCCUUGGAGUCAAGCCAGGAACCACGUCGGUCUGCCACUUCUUUCCUAGCGAUCAUUUCGUGUUCAUACCUACGUCCGCAACGAUAUGAUUCGUACGAUCCUUUAAUUAUUAAACAUGUAAAAUAAAAGACGACGGGUUUAAUUAGUUCACGACCUUCGUUUGUGAUCAUAAAUUACAAUUUGUCUAGGAGAUCGACGUCCCAUUAGUUAUCCUAAACUUGGCCGUGUUGUUGGAUAUAUUAUUGUUGUUACUGUUUUAAUUUUUAAAUAUACUUAAUCAGAUGUUUGGUUUGUGUU